AUGGGCAUUAGUUUCUCAACAAAUACUUGGGGAAUCAAUAACAUAAAUUUGUAUGGAGCUCAAAAAGUAGGAAACGAACAAAUACAAACAUUAGCGGGACUAUUUGCUCAUAUAAAUCUUGAUGAAGGACCUCUGGUGCAAGGAUUUUUUACCGAAACAAAUGUCGUAGGAAACGCUGUCAAUAUUACCUAUACCACCAUAUCAAGGGAGGCUGAUAAUCUGCAGGGCAGUCUACGUUUACGCCUAUUUAAGCAGGAAUUAUGGGCACUGGAUAUGAAUUUCUUUCACAACAUUACAAAUAUUUAUAAUUUUUUUAAAUUUUCCCGUUUUGGUGGCAACAUAUGUUGGAGUUUUCCCCAAGAGGGCAACAUGCUGGCAGUGGGUGUUACUUAUACUCCUUUAUUCCAUACCACCACUUUAGACUUGAUCUGUAAAACGAAUUUAUGGAAAAGUAAAAAUGACUCAUUUAAUCUUGAUCUCUCCACCAAUGUGACGUUCUAUAUAAGAGGUCCUUUAGUGGGCCAGCAUAAUUUUGUGGCCUCUUUGACAUUAUCAUAUGAUCUGUGGCAUACAGUGCUUAAAGAAAAAGUUUUAACAAAUUAA